AUGGCCCCUUUCACACCGAAGCCGCGCAAGCAGAAAGCGCGGCGCGAGGCCGCCGCCGCCGCAAACGCUCAUGGCACGUCCCAUGACGCCAAUGCCACCGUCAUCCUGCCGCACACCGCCUCCAAAGCGGAGCGCGACGAGAAAAAGCGCCAAAUGCGAGAAGAUCUGAAGAGGGAGCAGGCCAGUAAACCGUCGGCGAAGAAGGCGAAGCGUCUGGACAAGUAUAUCGAGAACAAGCUGCGGCGGGAUGAGAAUUUGGAGGUGUUGCGCAAACUGGAGGCGGAGAAGGUGAGGGAGGAUGAGAAGAGGGCGAGGGAGGGGGGGUUGGGUGCGGGAUCGAAAAGGGGCCUCGAGGCGUCAGAUGAGGGGAGGAAGCGGGAAGGGAAGCGGAGGAAGCACGUGCAUGAGGUUGUGGAGGAGGAUGGGCCAAGUGAUGUCACCGAGGAUGAAUUUGAGGAGCAGCAUCCGCAGGCUUUCGGGCUGGAUGCUGCUGAGAAAGAGACGGCGGUGUCAACUGCGCCGAUUGGGGGUGGGUUGGCGAAGCCUUUGGAGAUCGGAGCGGACGGCUUGCCGGUUAUUGAGAUGAGAUCUACGAAGAGGAGGAAGAAUAGAAGGAAGACGGCUCAGCCGGAAACGGAGCUUGACUCUGACGAGGAGGUUGAUCUUCAACCUACGCGGGCGGAGCGGGAGACCCAUGAGGAUGAGGACGAGUGGGGCGGCUUCUCGGAUGGUGAGGAGGCGGGGCACGACCAACAGGACGAGAGAGCGAAGAAGAUGGAAAUCAUCAAGCAGAUCCUUGCACAAGAGGAGGAUGGGUCAGAAGGAUCAAGCAUGGAUUCAGAAGAUCAGGACGAAGACGAAGAUGAAACCGAGACGGAUGACGAGAACGAAGACGAGGACACGGACCCUACGAGUGAGCACGAAUCUGAAGACGGAUCUGACGUCUCGGAGGCAUCCGGCGGCGCAAAGAUCAAACCUCGCGCAUCGGCGUUCAAAGCGUGGGCUACUCAACAGCUGAAUCAGUCUUUGGGCCACGUCCCGUCCUACGAGGCUGGAAAUCUGCCGACACAGACCAUUCAGCAGAAUCUACGGCCUGUGCAGAAGCAGCCUGUUAUCAACCCGAUUCUCAAGUCUGUUCCAGAGUCCACCGAGCCAACAAGGAAAGCAUACGCCGUCCACGUCGAGCGGGACCUGGAGCUGCAGGGCUCUCGCUCACAGCUCCCCAUUCUCCAACGAGAGCAAGAGAUCAUGGAAGCCAUUCACAACAACCCGGUCGUGAUCAUCAAAGGCGAUACCGGCAGUGGAAAAACAACACAGAUCCCCCAGUUUCUGUACGAAUCGGGGUUCGGGUCAGCCGAAGGACCAACACCGGGCAUGAUAGGCAUUACACAGCCUCGCCGUGUUGCGGCCGUGAGUAUGGCGAAGCGGGUUGGUGACGAGCUCGGUGAUCAUGGCAGCAAGGUGGCUUAUCAGAUUCGGUUUGACAGCAAUGUCUCUACAAGGACCGCGAUCAAGUUCAUGACGGACGGCAUACUGCUGCGAGAACUGUCUCAGGAUCUCCUUCUCCGGAAGUACUCUGUCAUUGUCAUUGACGAAGCUCAUGAGCGGAGUGUCAACACCGACAUACUGAUCGGUAUCUUGAGCAAAGUCGUACCAGCACGAAUGCGGAAGAGCAAGUUCAACCCGAAUCCGACGCCCCUGAAGCUGAUCAUCAUGUCGGCGACUCUGAACAUCUCUGACUUCUUCAAUGACCGCUUGUUUGAGUCUGGCGCGAAGCCACCUGUGGUGGAGGCAGAAGGUCGGCAACAUCGAGUGACCACUCACUUUUCGCUGCGGUCAAGGCCCGACUACCAAGACGAGGUGGUUGAGAAGGUCCGGAGAGCUCAUCGAAAGUUGCCUCGUGGCGGCAUGUUGGUCUUCUUGACUGGCCAGAACGAGAUCCGGCAAGUCGGCGAUCGUCUGCAGAAGAUGCUGGGACGGACUGAUGGCACAGAACUCGACAACGGCAAAGUCAAGGUCCAGCUUGCGUCGAGCGAAGUGCCGCUAGAAGUCGAAGACAUGGAAAUCGAGACCACCAAACAAGGAGACCAACCAGACGAUUUCGAUGAUGUCGAGUUCGUGACCGGAUCCGACGACGAGGACGCAGAAGACGAGUUCGACAUCUCCGAUGACGAGGAAAACGAACAGGACGAGCAGGCCUCUGCAAUGGCUAAACCCAAAGUAUCGAAGGAUCCAUACACCGGCGUGCACAUCCUCCCGCUAUAUUCUCAGCUUCCAACCUCGCAACAACUCCGCGUCUUCGAACCCCCACCACCGCACGCGCGCCUCAUCGUCCUCGCCACCAACGUAGCCGAAACCUCGCUGACUAUUCCGGGCAUUCGCUACGUCUUCGACACCGGCCGCUCCAAGGAGCGCAGAUACAAUCUCGCCACCAGCGUACAAUCCUUUGAGAUCGACUGGAUCAGCAAAGCCUCCGCCUCACAACGUGCGGGUCGCGCGGGCCGCACAGGCCCCGGCCACUGCUGGCGGCUGUACACCAGCGCGGUGUACGAGCAGUUCUUCCCCGAGCACGCCACACCCGAGAUCUUGCGCACCCCGGCGGAGAGCAUCGUGCUGCAGCUCAAGGGCUUCGAGUAUCCGAAGCCGGUGGCGGAGUUUCCGUUCCCCAGUGCGCCGGACAUGGACACGCUCGUCAAGGCGGAGAGGCUGUUGAAGAACCUGGGCGCGUUGACGGUGCAGGGUAAGAUCACCGAGCUGGGGCAGCAGUUGUCCGUCUACCCGCUGUCGCCGAGGCUGGGGAAGAUUAUGUCCAAAGGCGUGCAGCAGGAAAUGCUGCUGAGCCAGGCCAUAGCCCUCGUGGCGGGACUGGCGGUGCAGGAAAUCUUCAUCAACGAUGCGCACCUCGACUUGGCCACGAAUGACGCAGCAGAUGGGAAAGUGUACGGGUGGGAGCAACAGCAGGAAGACGAGGCACGAGAUCAGCGGAAACAAGCAUUCGGUCGCGCGAAAGCGACGUUGAGCAAGCACGACAGGAUGUCCGAUGCGAUGAAGCUGCUCAGUGCUGUAAUGAUGUACACGGCGGCUACCGACAAGGAGGCUGUCUGCCAGGAGUUCUUCCUCCGUCCCAAGGCGAUGGCUGAAGUCGCGCAGCUGCAGCGCCAGCUCAUGGGCAUCGUCAAGGCCAACAAUCCCGGACUGCAGCACAGCACCACGUCCGCGAAGAUGUCGUCGAAGCAGAGCCGGCGGCUCAACGCCGUCGCAGCUGCUGGCUAUGUCGAUCAAGUCGCCAUCCGCGCCGACCUUGCGCCCGUCCCUCCGGAAGUGCUGCAGAAACCGCGGCGGGCGAUCGAUGUGCCGUAUCUGCCUCUGUUCCCUCUGACCGAACGGCCCUCGGCGUCCCUCGUGGAACGAGCGAUUUUCAUCCACCCGUCCUCCGUCCUUGCCAAGCAACCUCACAAGGAUCUCCCGCAGUACAUCGUCUACAGCCACCUACAGAAAUCGCAGGCACAGAAUGUCGGUGGCGAGGCGAUGCCCAAGACGCGGAUGUUCCCCCUUACUCCUGUCGACGGCCCAACAUUGAUCGAAUUGACCAAGGACUCGGCGCUUCUGGAAUUUGGCAAGCCGGUGCUGCAGAUGAAGGUGCAGGAGUUGGCGGGCGUGCCCAAGCGGCGCGAGUGCUGGGUCACCACCGAGCUGCGGGCUGGUACUGGUAGCGGCGGGUUUGGCUGGCCGCUUCCUGCGGCACACGUGCGUCAGGUCAUGGACGCAAAAUCGCCGAGUGGGUGGCGUGUCGAGGAAGUGCUCGGGCAGUAG